GUAUCAAAAAUACCUGGUUGCGGGACGACAUUGGACGAUAUUGGACGACGGGCAAAUCGAUCAAACAUGCUUUCAGCCCAUGGCCGAUCCGGGAACAUUCAGUUGGAGAGGGGAACAUUCGACUGGUGUUCCCAGAUCGAACACAGAUGUUCCUGGAUCGGCCAGUCGAUGUUGCGCAACUGCACAUCCCGCCGUCCAGCUUGCGAACGCUGACGUUCGGAAAAGUCUUCGACGACGAUGUCUCCGAAGUACGCUGGCCUCUGCGAUUGGAGUCUCCGUCUUGCGGGUUUGCUUUCAAUCGUUCUUUGGAUCGGGAUGGAUCGGGUGGCUUUGCCAGCAAGCUUAUACAAGUUUUGCGCACUGGCAGACGGUUCAAUAUGCCCGUCCAGAAAGUCUCGUGGCCCGAGGGACUGCGGGAGCUCUACUUGGGGCAUUGUUUUUGUCAGGACUUGAGCACCGUUGCUUGGCCGUUGGCACUGCGUGCCUUGCACUUGGGCUUUAGCUUUCGCAGCAGCCUCUUGCCAUGGCAUUUGCCUGCCAGCUUGCAGGCAGACUCUGGUUCUGGGCUGCAGCUUCGACCGCACCAUAGCCUCGCUUUGUUUCCCAGCGCCGCGGCAGGAAUUAGCGUUGCUGAGCACGUUCAAAACGAGAGCUAUAGGGCCUUCCUACAAUAUAGACCGCUGCGGGAAUGGAUUGCGCCGCCUGCGCUGCGGGAACUCCACUUUGGCACCUUGUUCGAUCAGCCGCUGGCUGAUGCGCAGCUGCCUGAUACUUUGCAUGCGCUGAUCUUUGGGGCUUCUUUCAGCCAGUGCAUAGACAACGUGCGGCUGCCGCCUCGGUUGGAACAACUUUGCUUUGGCAACAACUUCACCGGCGGCGGCUGUCGCUUGCCGUUCUGUCGCUGGCCCGUCAGCUUGCGACAUCUGCGUGCCAGCAGCUUGUUCUCGCUGACUCCUGGGGCGGCUAACUUGCCAGACGGCCUGACGCACUUGCAUCUGGGGGAUCGUUGCAAGUGGCCCCUGCAAAAAAUCGGUUUGCCGGCGGUAUAUUGCAGCACUUGGGCAUGGGAAAUUCGUCGAGUGAUCAGUCGCUGCAACAUCCGCUGGCCGCGGCGUCUGCAAACUUUGGCCUUUGGCAUGACAUUCAAUAGGCCCUUGCAGGACGUUCUUCUGCCAGCAACGCUCUGCGAGCUUCACUUCGGCAAUCGUUUCGAUCAGGCACUGGAUGGCAUUCGCUGGCCAUCGCAGCUGCGGCUUUUGCAUUUUGGUUCUGACUCCAAUCACUCCCUGGCUUCUGCGAAUCUACCAGACCAACUCGAAACCCUCGUGUUGGGGCGGUUUUUUCAACAGGAUUUAUACGUGCCUUUGCCGCAGUCAUUGUUGCACCUCACCCUUGGCGAAUGCUUUCCGUUGGAACGGCAUCCACUCUUUUGGCGGCCGUACCUUAAGGAACUGAGCACCAAGCGACUGUUUCUCAACGUUCCGGUCGACGCCACCUUCCCGGAGACCUUGCACAAGCUGGAUUGCGAUGGCGACAUUUUGGAAGUGUAG